AUUUAUCCAAAAAAAACAUCACAUAAACAAUAUCCCCAAAACUCUUCUUCCCAGAAAAAAGGAAAAUUAAAAACCCUAGAUUUUAAUUUCCAAAUGAUUUUUCAGAAGACCCAACUGUUAUCAUAUCAUCUGUUAUUUGUCAGCUUUAAUAAAAAGUGAUUGAAGUUUGAGCUGGAUUGAGCUCAGUGGGGAUUGCAGAAUCUUGGAUCAUCACGAUGCAAAAUCUUUGGUUUGUUGCAAGCCUACCUGGUUCGACUUAGUAGUGGGAUGCAAAGGAGCAGUAUUUCAUGAUAUUGUGGUUCAUAAGCCAGAAGAUAAGUGAUCAUCCUACUUCAUAAAGAUUGAUUCUUUCCACGUAGAUGAACAGAUUGGAAAAUUAUCGGUUUUAAUAUCACGGUAGUAUGGGGACAGAACUCAUGAGAGUUUGCAUAAAAGAUGAUAACGAGGAGUUUCCUUCAGUUCCACCCGGAUUUGAGUCAUUUGCACCUUUCAGCUUAAAAAGGAUAAAUGAAAGUGAGAAAAAAGAUAUUGAAAACAGAAUAAGUUGCUCAGUGACUGCUAGUCCUUCCAAUUCACAGUCAGUUCAGAUGGAAACUGACGUUGACAAUGGCGAGGUUGCAAAGAGGUCUGUUCGACGCAGACAAUGCAUAAACCAUGGGCGAAAUAACAAGUCAGAGGAUGAGUCUGAUUCAGACCGACUUGAACACCAGAAUUGUCCCCCAAGAUCUGUUCUUCCCAAGGGGGUUGUACGCGGAUGUCCACAAUGUAGUAAUUGCCAAAAGGUCUCUGCAAGAUGGCAUCCACUGGAGGGUCAAAGGCGGGACCUUCAGAACGCUCCUGUAUUCAGACCUACUGAGGAGGAGUUCAAAGACACGUUGAAAUAUAUAGCAAGCAUACGCGCUAAAGCCGAACCAUAUGGUAUUUGUCGCAUUGUUCCUCCCUCUUCUUGGAGACCUCCCUGUCCACUCAAGGAAAAACCUAUUUGGAGUGCCUCUAAAUUUUCUACUCGAGUUCAAAGAGUCGAUAAACUGCAAAAUCGAGAUUCAAUGAGAAAGGUUCCUAAAAGCCAUAGUCAUAUGAGGAAGAAAAGAAGAAGAUGCACACGGAUGGGGGCUGAUCGCCAAAGUGGUGGCAGAGGAUCUGAGGAUGAUGGAGGUUGUGAGGCUGAACGGUUUGGGUUUGAACCUGGACCAGAGUUUACUCUAGAAGCAUUUGAAAGAUAUGCUGAUGAUUUCAAGGCUCAAUACUUUGGCAAGAACGAACAUGUUCCUAGUAUAGGAGGUAACUUUGCUAAACUUAAAGAGUGCUGGGAGCCAUCUGUAGGCAGUAUUGAGGGUGAAUAUUGGCGGAUGGUAGAGAGACCUACUGAAGAAAUUGAGGUUCUAUAUGGUGCUGAUUUGGAAACUGGAGUUUUUGGCAGUGGCUUUCCCAAGAAAUCCAGUAAGGAUGCUUUUCCUUCAGAAGAGCAGUACAUAAAUUCAGGGUGGAACUUGAACAACUUUCCCAGACUUACUGGAUCUGUUCUUUCUUAUGAAAGCAGUGAUAUAUCUGGUGUUCUGGUGCCUUGGUUAUACAUAGGGAUGUGCUUUUCUUCCUUUUGCUGGCAUGUUGAAGAUCACCACUUGUACUCUUUAAAUUAUAUGCAUUGGGGUGCUCCAAAGUUGUGGUACGGUAUCCCUGGUAAAGAUGCCUGUAAAUUUGAAGAAGCAAUGAGAAAGCACCUCCCUGGCCUAUUUGAAGAGCAACCUGACUUGCUUCAUAAGCUGGUCACACAGCUUUCACCCUCCAUUCUGAAAUCUGAGGGGGUACCUGUGUAUAGAUGUUGUCAGAAUGCUGGAGAGUUUGUUUUGACCUUUCCUCGAGCAUACCACUCAGGGUUCAACUGUGGUUUUAAUUGUGCCGAGGCUGUGAAUGUAGCUCCUGUUGAUUGGUUGCCCCAUGGGCAGAUCGCUAUAGAGCUAUACCAGGAGCAGGGACGAAAGACAUCCAUUUCUCAUGAUAAAUUGUUGCUUGGGGCAGCAAGGGAAGCGGUGAAAGCACAUUGGGAACUCAAUUUACUGAAGAAGAAUACUCCAGAUAACUUAAGGUGGAAGGAUGUAUGUGGAAAGGAUGGGACCUUAGCAAAAACACUCAAGGCACGUGUCGAGAUAGAGCGUGCAAGGAGAGAAUUUCUCACUACUUCUUCACAGGCAUUGAAGAUGGAAAACAAUUUUGAUGCCACCAAUGAGAGGGAAUGCAGCAUAUGCUUUUUUGAUCUGCAUCUGUCAGCAGCUGGUUGUCAUCAUUGUUCCCCAGAUAGAUAUGCAUGCUUAAAUCAUGCAAAGAAAUUCUGCUCAUGUGCUUGGAGCGCCAAGUUUUUCCUCUUUCGUUAUGAUAUGGAUGAACUAAACAUUCUUCUUGAGGCAUUGGAAGGAAAGUUGAGUGCAGUAUACAGAUGGGCUAGACUCGAUCUUGGUUUGGCUCUGAGUUCUUAUAUUUCCAAAGACAAUAAAGUUGGUAAGAUAUCUUAUUCCUCCAAAAGUGAUAUACUUACAGAGGUUAGAUCACAGCUGCAAAGCACACACUUCAAGGAUCCUCCAGGAACAGAAAUCUCUAAAGAGAGUCCUAUGAGUUCAACCGAGAUCAUUGUUGAGACUUCCUCGCAACAGAAGAGGAAAGCAUUAGAAACUUUUGCUCAAGUUAAAAGAGAAGAAUCAGGUCUUAACAGUUCCAAGUCAAGAAUGCAGGUUUGCCAGUUGUCUCAAGAGGACACGUCAUAUGCUGUGACCUCGGAUGCAAAGGUAUCUGGGAGAAAUAUGGCUUCAGUUGUGGAUGUUAUUCUUCUUAGUGACGAUGAAGGAGACGCCGACCCAACGAAGCCACUUUCAGAUAGUUUGAAAGAGAUAUCUUCUGCUAACCAGUUAGAACUUUCUAAGAGAUUGGUCAGUUCGGAUGGAAUAGCGAGCGCUCCUAAUUUUGAUAGAGAACCAAUCUUGAAUACACCAGGGACUGAUGCAGCAGUGAUGGGUGAAAAAGUUAUCAGUCCGUUACCUGGUGGAGAAAAAAAGGAUUCAUCAUCUCACCCUGUACACGUGAAAAUUGAACAGGAUCGUGGUGAACAAUUAGGAUCUAAUCCACCAAACCUCUCUUUCAAAAUAGUUUCUGUUAAAGCAGAUUGUGGCCCAAACACUGGUGCUAUCAUUGAACACAAAGUUGCUAUUUCAAGGAGUGACCCACAGCCAUGUGCCAGUGUAAAACUUGAGAAUGAGGACAGACAUGAAAAGAUGGGAAGAAUUGCCGAUACAACUUUAGCAGACAAUGUACGAAUGACAACUGGAACUUCGUCGUCCAGCCAAAACAAUUUGGACCGAUAUUACCGCCAAAGGGGUCCCCGAAUAGCGAAGGUGGUGCGGAGAAUCUCCUGCGUUGUUGAGCCUCUGGAAAUUGGAGUCGUGCUAUCUGGAAAGUCAUGGUGUAACACCCAAGCCAUUUUUCCAAAAGGAUUUAGGAGCCGGGUUAGGCACAUGAGUGUUCUGGAUCCAACUGUUAUGUGUCAUUAUGUCUCAGAAGUACUGGAUGCCGGACAGGGUGGACCACUGUUCAAGGUUUCUUUGGAGCAUUGUCCAAGUGAGGUUUUCAUACAUAAUUCAGCUGACAGAUGCUGGGAAAUGGUGAGAGAGAGAGUCAAUCAAGAAAUCACGAGGCAACAUAAAUUGGGAAAAAUGAACCUUCCUCCUUUGCAGCCACCGGGGAGUCUCGAUGGCUUUGAAAUGUUUGGGUUUACUUCACCAGCUAUUGUACAGGCCAUAGAGGCAAUGGAUCGAAAUCGUGUCUGUUCUGAGUACUGGGACUCUCGUCCCUACUCCCGACUUCAAGUACAGAUUCCACGGAACUCUCAAUCCAAAGAAAGUAGUGAAAAUUGCAAUUCGAUGUCAAAGGAAAAAAGUGAUCAGGCGGCCUCCGACAAUGAUCUCGUCCCUGCUGGAGUUGAUACAACACUCAGAGGCCUAUUCAAGAAGGCUAACCUAGACGAAUUGAACUCACUGUACAGCAUUUUAAGUGACAAUCGGCAACCUGCUGGUCGAGGCCUGGUCACACGACUUCUUUACGAAGAGAUUCACAAUCGUCCCACAUGAUGCAUUUGUUGGUUUCACAACGAUCAGAGACCGAACUUGCUCCGCCAGUUUUUAACUGUAAAUUCUACUUACUGAUUCCAGGUUGUAUUGUACAUUUAUCACUCAACCUGCUCAUUCUUUGUGCUAGAAAAAAAGGCUUAUUCUUAUGUAGACACCGGAGAUUUUUGCUUUCAUCGGAAUGUCUGUUUGUAGCGCGGAACAAGUUUCGGAUUGUUGGUGGAUGACUCCAACUUGACGAUUUGGCGUCCGUGCAGUGUUUCUUGUAGUUGUGGGUUGCCGGAAAAUGUACCGUCCCCGCCCCUGGUUUUGGUUGUCACUUGAGGAAACUCGUGCAAAGAAAAUGCUGUGAGUA